AUGACUCAGCUCGACAACCUUCCUCUAGAAUAUUAUCCUGUGGCCAUCUCUAAUGGCAACGUCAUUUAUGAUGUACAACUAAACAACAUAGAAGAUGAUAGUGCAGACAACUGGGCAUUAUUUCAAGUGACGAACUUACGUAGCCCGCCUGAUGAAAUCACCCUUAGACAAAUACUAUCGGACACGAACGUUAACUUCGAAAUCAGUGCAUAUGAUGGGGCAAGCGCUCGCAUUAAGAUAUGCUUUCGCGACAACGACAUGCGUUCAUCUAUUGUGUCUCGUCUGCGUAACUCACCCGAAUUGAUCAGACUGAGUCACAAUGGAUUUGAUGACUGGUGCCCAACCGAUUCUCUCACCGUCGAGUUAAUGUGCAUGAUGCUGCCAAGCGAUACGGAUAAUGACUCUCAUGAAGAAUCAGUUGAGGAGAGAGAACUAGUAGAUCGAAUACUUUCUGUUGAGGUGGACAGCAGUGAGCAAGGCAGUGCUGGACAACUUGUAACGGAUCCAUUGAUAUUGAGGACACUUUCUCCCGGAGCAAGAUAUGUCGAUAUUAGAGAUCACGGUCAAGGGUGUUAUGGUGUCAUCUGGAGUUCGGAUAGAUCUUCUUUUGAGCACUGCAUCAAGAAUUUGAAUGCAUUAAUUAAAGUUGUGAAAGCAAAAUGUUUGGAUCCUCUUAGUGCAGUUCUCUGGUAUCGCUUUCAAGUAGCAGCUAAUUCUGCGUUGAAACUAUGUGAUGCCAUUUCCGCCAUCAGAAUCGCGGUUGGAAAUGCAACCUUCCGGCUUGUGUUUGGGGAUAUAGGUGCGACUCUGAUACCUAAAAUAGAAGCCCUUAAUAAUGCAAUAACAGAGCUGCUAGAUGUGCUGAGGCAUCGGAAUCCCGAGGAUUACGUGGACCGAGCGUUAGAAAUCUUUGAAAGAGUUAUCCGUUGCUUCAAUGAACUGGACGCUCAGUUGAAACAAACAGAGAAAUCUAUGAAGAAAUUUGUUGAACGACAAGAAACAUUUGAAAUUCUUGGAUCGCUGGUGGAACUCGCCGCCGUAUUUGCUGCCGGUAAAUUUGUAACGUCUUUAUAUAAAGGAUGGCAAACAUUCGGUUGGGAAAUGAAAAUCGCCCACGUAUUAGGGAUCUCUGGGACGGUUGGCAUAGUGGUCUUGGUCAAUCAAUUGAAGGAAGUUGCAGUUAUCUGCGGAAGAACUGUUGAAAACGUCCAACUGUUACAAAAUACGUUGGGGAGACUUCUUCAACAGGCUGGCGAAGAUUUCAGACUUCCCAAUAGGAAUGGACAAGCCAGUGUUGAAUUACUUAUUGCGGGACUUGAGAGAUUCCAAUUGGCUCUUCAACGUCAGCGGGAAGGAUUCUAG